GCUAAAGCUAAAGCUCAGAUGGAGAAGCUGAAAAAGCGCAGGCUGAAUGGGGAUGAUCCGGAGGAGGAGGAUGAGUAUACUGCCAAGAGCGGGGCGGGGGGGAAGACGCCGAAUGUGGGGGAUCGGGAUGAGUGUGCGGAGUGUGGGAAGAUGUUUACUGUUACUGCGUAUACGCGCCCUGCUGAUCCUGGCCCGGGGUACCUCUGUCACGCAUGCACGAAAGCAGCGGGGCAAGACCCGUUCAAGCCCUCCCAAGGCCCGCGCAAGCGGAAAGCCCCGGAAGACAAACGCAAGAUCGUCUUCUUCGAGGUGAAAGAUCCUGUCCCCACGCUGGCGGAACUGUGCCUCGAGACUAUCUCCCAGCAUAUUGAGGACGUGGAGGCGCUGGGCGAUAUUGGCAGUUUGAACAUGGAUAAGAUCGCUAAGAUCAUCUCGAAGAACCGGAGACUGAACGCCGCUGUAGCACCUUUGUUCUACGAUGUAGCAAACGAGUACUUGACGCUGUAUGAUUGUACCGGGCUGGAUGCCAACGGGUUGAUAGCGCUAGCGAACCUGAACCCAAACCUCGUAGAUCUGCGCCUCGAGUUCUGUGGACGUGUUGAAGCUACUGUUAUCCAGCACUGGGCUCAGCACUUGACCAAGCUGAAGAGGUUGGAGCUCCUAGCACCAUUCUUGGUGACAGACAAAGCUUGGAUCAACUUCUUCGAAACAGUGGGGAACAAGUUGGAAGGAUUCCUCAUUACAAACUCUCCACGCUUCACCCUCGAAUGCCUCGGCUCCCUCGUGGAGAACUGCCCUAAUCUUACAGAGCUCCGUCUCCGCCGAGUAGGCCAGCUCGCAGACCCCUGGCUUAUCCUGCUCUACCCGCUCAAAAACCUGACGAUGCUAGACCUCUCUGACCCGAGUCUCGGCAGUCUGCCCAUCUCCCUCACAGACGAGCCUAUCAUCAAUCUCCUCACCAACAUAGGCGCGAACCUCGAGCACCUAGACUUAUCCGGACACGAGCUCGUGACGGACAACAUGCUCAUCAUGGGUAUCGCGCCUCAUACUCCCAAACUCCAGCGCUUGAAGCUCGUCGAACUCCCAAACCUGACGGACGAAGGCGUAGCAGCCUUCUUCAACGCUCUCGUCGCUCCACCUUUACACUGGCUCGAUAUCUCCCGCAACUCCGAGCUGGGUGACAAAGCCCUCACAGCGCUGCUGGACCACUCCGGUGCCGGUCUCACACACCUCAAUAUCAACCAGUUUAAAGAAGCCAGUACGGAAGUGCUGAUGCAGAUUUCCGACAAGGCGAAGCGCCUCCAGGUCGUCGACGUCGGCUUCUGUAGAGGGGUGGACGACUUUGUCGUCAAGGGUUUGCAGGACGAGUGUGGGGACUUGAAGGAGAUCAAGGUUUAUGGCUGUAAUCAUAUUACCGAGAAUUGCCCGAAGAAGCGGGGUAUCCGGAUUGUCGGCAUAGAAUCGCACACAUACUAGGCGCUUGUUGAAAAAAACUUCUUAUUCGCUUGCCGUAUCGCUGGGCUAACCUUUCUACUUGUAGUAGACUGCUGUGAUCUUUGUUGUUUCUCGUAUAGUUGCACAAAUCGAUUGCUACAC